GUGUGUGUGUGUGGGGACAGGCCAGCAGGAAGUGACCUUCCAUUGCCUGGAUGGAGUCUCUCUUGUCAUAACAGGCCAUUGCCCCCACUUCCCUUGACGGUGCUGUGUGCAACUUCGACUUCCUCCCCCCCCCUGUCGCGUGACCUAUGAUGUCAAUCACCAAUCGGCAAAGCUGCCAUGAUGACACCGCAGAUGUUUUGGCAGCUGGAGACGCGCUGGCUCACACGAGCGGCGCCACAGAGAUGGCGAGACGAUGAGGAGCGCGGCGGUGGCGUGAACGGGGACGAGACCGGGAGGAGGAGGAGGAGGUGGUGGUGGAGGAGGAGGCGCCGUCGUCGCACUCGGAAUGGGCAACUCGUCCUUCCCAGGCAUGUAGCCGCCGCAGGUCGAGAGAAGAGAAGGAAUCCCAUGAUCUCCGCCAGUGAUGCCGAAUUCCCGCGGGACUGCCGCUCACCGGCCGGAUCCCGGGGAGGCCGGCGCUUCGCCGCCAACGGGAGGUCGGCGUCCUCGUCGCCGGACCGGCGUCGCGACGUCCCAGCGGCCGACAGACCGGAGGCCCUGAACGGCGUCCGCCAGGCCGACGCGGAGCGGCGGAGGGAAGCCAACAACGAGAUGUCGCUAGGGGGCGCUGCUCGGGGACGGCAGCAACAAGCUAACUACUGGAGCUUCAAGAGUCGGACGCCGCGCGCCAGCGGCCUGAGCCCGACGCGGGGCGGUGGACUUUCCCUGUCGUCGGCCGAUCAUCUGGACGUGAUGUCCGAUCGCGACCUGCCCGUGGCCUUCAGCCGCAUGAACCGACUGCGCCAGAGUCUCCCGCUGGCCCGAUCGUCUGCCGGCGGCCAGGCCAAGCUGCACGCGCCAGGUAUGCUGUUCCUCCAGCUGGGCGAGGAAACCCGCCGCGUGCACCUGACGCACGAGCUGAGCAGCCUGGACACCCUGCGAGCGCUCAUCGUGCACAUGUUCCCGCAGAGGCUCAGCAUGGCCGCGCUCAGGUCUCCCAGCACGGCCCUGCUGAUCAAAGACGAGAGCCGUAACGUGUUCUACGAGCUGGAGGACCCGCGGGACGUUCGGGACCGCUGCGUCAUCAAAAUCUACUGCAAGGAGCCCGUCUACGGGACGUACCCGGGCCAGCGCCACAACUCGCACCUGCUGGCCAACGGAGACCUCCGGCGCGAGAUGGUGUACACCCCCCAGGAUUCGCCCCCCAGCCGGCGCUUGGGCGCGCCGGCCGUGUCCUCCCAGCAUCGCUCCGCCUCGUCCUCGCCACCUCAGGGUUCGCCGUCGCGGACGCGGCUCCUCUAUAGCGGCGGCGGCGGCGUCCGUCCGUCCUCGUAUGCCGGGCCGGCGCUGCCCCAGCACCACGGCGCGUCGCUGGCACACCACUCGCCGCCCCUGCCGCCGCCGGCCUUCGCCGCCUCCUCCAGUGCCAUCCUGGAACGACGCGACGUGAAGCCGGAUGACGAGGCGGGCGGGGCCCGCGGCGUGGUGCUUUUGCGGGCGGACGAGCGCGGGGGUGGUGGCGGCAUCUACGCCGACCCCUACUCCCUCGGCGUGGACGCCCGCUUGGGCCUCGCCGGGGCGCCACAAUCGCCGCUUACCGGCCGAAGCGACCCGUAUGGCUCCUUAUACCGGCGAGGACCUGGCGGGGCGGUGUGUUCUCUGAUGGAGGGCGGCGGCCUCUACAGAGCGGGCGGCGCCCUUUACAACGACACCUACGCGGCGUCCAUGUUGGCCGUGGGCCUGCGCGGGCCGUCGCUCUCCUCGCCGCAGAAGAUUCCCGAUACGCGCGAGGCCUACGCCAGCACCCUGCCGUCCCGCGGCUCUCCUGCCAGGGGCGAUCGGCGGCGAGACUCGGUGAUGUCGUCCGUUGGCGGCGACAGUCCGAGAGGUCGGGGCCUGACCUCGGAGCAGCUGUGCCUGUUGGCGGCGGCGGCAGGAGGAGACGGGGGCAGUGUCAGAGCAGAUGAGACAGAAACCAGGGAGCGCAUGGAGGUGAUGGAGAAGCAGAUCGCCAGCCUGACAGGUCUGCUGCAGCGAGUCCUCAGCAGAGCACCCGAAGACCACAGCCCGGACCAAAUGGAGUCUGCCAGCGACGGCUCAGGGACAGAUCCGGGACCUGCAAAAGUAAAGAAAGCCGUGACGCCGUCCGGCCCCCUGGCGCUGAUGCCGCCACCCCUGUCCGCCAACGCCGGCGACACCAACCAGCCACUGACCGUGUCCCGCGUGCAGAUGCAGCGCCACCUGCUGGGCCUGCAGCAAAGCACCAAUGCGCUGCGUACGCAACUCUCGCAGCUGCGCAACACGCAGCUGGAGAAUCAGGAUUGUGUGGUGGCGCUGCUGAGGCAGACGGAGGCGGAGCUUAGAGUGCUGAUGCAGGAUGCGGCGCGCACUCAAGAGGAUCCCCUGCAGCGGCAGCGCCUCCUGGUGGAGGAGGAACGCCUCAAGUACCUCAACCAGGAGGAGAUGCUCGUGCACCAGCUGCACGACUUGGAGCGGUGGGUGGAGGACCUGCAGAAGAAGUCGAACGUGGCGAGGCUCCCGGUGAGCCAGCAGGACCUCCGGCAGAAGACGCAAGAACUCAAAACGCUGGCCGACACGCUCGGCAGCCUCAAGAGCCAGUUCCCAGGCCUGCAGAGCAAGAUGCGCGUGGUGCUGCGCGUGGAGGUGGAGGCGGUGAAGUUCCUGAAGGAGGAGCCUCAUCGUCUGGAGGCCCUGCUGCAGCGCUGCAACAACGUCCGCGAAACGCUCAGCACGCUUCGGAGGCAGGCCAGCGAGAAGGAGCAGGAGGAGGCGGGCGGCCAAUCGCAGAGGAAUUCUCCCCACGGCCCGACGGACAACACGAGCGACGGCAAGAUGGCGGUCUGCGCUCCCGAGCCGGACAAGACGCCUCCGCUGAGCGCCCGAAGUCGCGUUGCGGCUGAGAAGAGCCUCAACGUGCACGUGUCCGCCGAUGUCACUCUGGCGGCCGAGCGCGACUGGGCGGAAAAGCGUGCGAGCCUGACGCAGUUCAGCGCCCAGGACAUCAACCGCCUGCUGGAGGAGACGCAGGCCGAGCUGCUCAAGGCCAUCCCCGACCUGGACUUGGCCGCCAAGACCGUCACCAAACCCGCCGUGCCCCCCAAACCGCUGAUGGCCGCCCCUGCGGUUGCCGAGUCGCCGCCGCCGCCGGGCAAAGUGCAGCUGGCGGCGCAGAAGCUCAACAGCAUGGAGGGCUCCACCUCCCAGCGAGGCUCGGUGGACGCGGGCGUGUCCCGGUGCCGCACGGACAAGCCGUCCAAGUCUCCGCCCCCGCCGCCCCCUCCUCGCCGGAGCUUCCCGUCAGCGCUCGCCGCCAACCGCAUCGCCGACAACAACAAGAUGGAGGACGGCGAGCUGCCCGCGGCGCUGGUCAAGCUGAGGCGCACCGCCCACUCGGACGCGCCCCGUCCCGCCUCCACGCCGCCGGGCCUUCGGGACGACGGCGACGGCGUCGAGAAGGAGGUGGUGGGCGGCUUGCCGGUGUCCGUCAAAGGUCCGACGGUGGCGGCCCGCCUCAAACAUCUGGAGCAAGGAGGGCGCAAGUCCAAAGAGGAAGUGCAAGCGCUGGCGGGCGGCCAGCAGCAGGUAUUCCACUUCUAGAAGCCGACGGCGGCCGACCCGACGCCGCUUUUCGUCUUCGCCUUCUGCAAGCAAGCUGGCUCCUUUUUCCUUCUGCGUCUUUGUUUGGAAUUAGCUUCAUGGCUAACGUGCAAUAAUCUACUUCUGACCUUUCGUCAUAUUCUUCCAACUUCCGAAAAAAACAAAAAGAAAGAAAAAAAAAGACCCUGAUUGACAGGCGCAAGGCCUCGCUCGUCUUAUCUGCGCCUGCACGCGUUCCGAGCAGGAAAUGACCGGUAAGCACAAAAGGAUCAUCUUUGGCCAUUCCCGCUUUUUUUCUGACCCAGGAUCAGCUCGGACAACGAUGAUGUUUCAAAAUCAUUUGCAUGACAAUUCAUCUGUAGUCACGUGAUCAGCCGGCCGAUGAUGACCCGCUGACCUUUAACCUCAACCCUUCUCUUUCGUCGCGUGUCCAACUCUCGCAACUCGUUGCAGAUGACAUCGCGGGUGAUGACAUCACAGGUGAUGACAUCUCCCGGCGAUGACAUCACAGGCGAUGGUGGUGGUGGUGAUUUAGACUUUAGAACGUGUCGAUGUUGUCGUGCUCUGAAGAUGUACAAAAAAAAA